AACCCCGAUUUUCUGAGAAUUUCCUCUCCACUAUUCUCCGCCCUUGCGGGCUCGUUGCUCCAGAAAGUAGAAAGAAAAUUCCCUGCUAAUCUCUACUCUAAGAGCGAUUCGAACGAUGGCGCAGCUAGAUGUUACGGAGAAACCCCUAGACAUAAUCGACGAAGACCUGAUCCCGUUCUCCGCCACCUCCUCCUCCGGCGAUCGAUCACAGACGGAGAUUGGAAGCUCCGGCGCAGAUCUCUCCAUUUCCCGAAGUAGCUCUUUCAGCCGUCUCAACGCCAGCGCUCCGGAGUUUGUUCCUCGAGCCCCAUCACCGGCGCCUGUGGGCGGUCAUCCACGGGUUGUUAAGAUCCAUCAUCACCCGCCUCCGCCAGCUGUGAUCCACGUCUUCCAUCCGCCGCCCCCGCCUCCGCCCACGGUGAGCCCCCAAUUCAUCCCGCCGGGGCCGCCGAUUGGGGUGUAUGAGUACUACGGGGGCGCGAUUGGAAGAGGAGGGUUUGGCGACCAAGAGUCUGUGCAGGCGCCGGCCGAUUCUGAUUCUACUCUCCCUGCCAGGGAAGGUUUGUCUGAAGAUGUCGUGCAGAAGAUCACGAAGCAGGUGGAAUACUACUUUAGUGAUGCAAACCUGGCUACUACUGAACACUUGAUGAGGUUCAUCAGUAAAGAUCCAGAUGGAUUUGUGCCAAUAUCAGUUGUUGCUUCUUUUAAGAAGAUUAAGGCAUUGGUGCACAACAAUUUUUUGCUUGCUAAUGCUCUAAGGACAUCUUCCAAACUUGUUAUCAGUGACGACGGAAAGAAAGUUAGGCGCCUACAGCCCUUCACUGAAGCUGACGUUGAGGAAUUGCAGUCUCGUAUUGUUGUGGCUGAAAACCUUCCUGAGGAUCAUUCUUAUCAGAACCUUAUGAAGAUUUUCUCUGCUGCUGGAAGUGUGAAGACAAUCCGUACCUGUUAUCCUCAAACUCCAAAUGGUACCACUGCACCAACCAAUAGAUCAUCAAAGUUAGAUAUGCUUUUUUGCAAUAAGCUGCAUGCAUUUGUGGAGUAUGAAACGGUCGAGGAUGCUGAGCGAGCUGUUGCUGAGGUUAAUAAAGAGAGGAACUGGAGAAGUGGCCUAAGGCUUCGUUUAUUAAAUAAAUGCAUGCAGGCAAAACAUAGUUCUGGACGUGGAAGAAAAGCAGGAAAUGAUGGCGAAGGAGCUGGAGAAGAGGAAGAGGUUUAUUCAAAUUCAACCAACCAAGUAGACGAUCCUUCCCAACAAGCUGAAUCAGCAUUCGAAACUCUGGGAGGAGAAGAAGGGGCUAAUGAGAGGGAAGGCGGCGGAAGGAGAGGCAAGGCGCGAGGCAAAGGCAGAGGUCGUGGACGUGUGCAAUAUCAUAACAUCAAUAAUCAUCACCGUGGUGGUGGUGGUGGUCAUGGCCAUGGCCAUGCCAUUGGCACGCCGCCGGCAAAUAAUCCAGUUCAUAACGAACAAUCUGCUGCCGUCAAACAACCACCUGUACCUCGAAUGCCGGAUGGCACAAGAGGAUUCACAAUGGGCCGGGGUAAGCCUAGCUUUGUCGCUUCAUCUUCUUCCACCGUCACAGCUGGUUAAUUUCUGGUGUGGUUGGUCACAGGGCAUGUAGUGUUGUUCUAUCGUUGAACUCGUUGGGACAUUAGGGUUUGUGUUUGUGUUCAUAACCGUCUCAUCUAGAAUUAAUGACCCUUCUUUUUUUUGGGGGUGGGCUUGUCGUCUCAUGCUAAGGAAGUGGAUUGGAUGAUAUUAACUACUUAAUAUGGAAUAUUUGUGAUGCUUGUUUUGUUUUCGUUAUGUGAUAAAAAGAAAAUAAAGCUUUCGUAUAUUAAUAUCGA